CCACUGAGACAGGGACAGGAGACUGACUCCCAGCUAGACCCAGGGCUUGCAGUCUGUGGGGUCUUGGAUACAGAGAGGGGGUGCCUGAAUGCCUUGCUGGACCAAGAGGUCUCAGGACACAAUAAAUGACAAUUUCACUAAAGGUGGCACUGGAACCAUUUAACCCUUGCUGUACUGGAGACAGACCUAUAUUCUCAUUUCCACCUCUACUCUUGAUGACCACUGCCUUCUACCAGCUUACGGCGGGGUGUCCUCUGUAACUGGGGGUACAAGGUGCAUGGUAUUAACUGUGGCAGACCUAGAGCAUCCUUUCUGUGCCAAAUAGCUUGUGAUUCGCCGUUUGAAUUUGGCUGAUCUCAGCUGCAGGGCAUCCAGUUUUAAACAGCAAAAAGGUGUCUUGUUCUCUGGUCAUGUCGGCUAAGCAAGCAGAGUCCUUGGGCAUCUGUGCCACAUACCAAGCAGUCAUGCCGCACUUCAGCGGGGCUACGGAAGAGUACCCACAGCCCAUCCAAGCCCGGCCGUUGAGGGGCAAAGGCAAGUUGAGGAGGCCCCGGCAGACUAGGUUUAAGACUCAGCCAGUCACCUUUGAUGAAAUUCAGGAGGUGGAGGAGGAAGGAGCAUCCCCCACAGAGGAGGAGAAGGCCAGGAAGUCUUUCUUGCAGUCCCUGGAGUCUCUGAGAAGAAGCUCUUACACCAUGAAUCUACAGAAAGACAAACUCAAUAGCUGCAAACUUAGGCACAGCCUGGACUCCAGCGAUUCCGAUUCUGCUUUAUGACUAUCCAAGAACAGCCCCUCGAUGUAACACUGGCCUUCUUCGUUCUAAGGCAUGCAAAGGGUUCAUGGUCUCCUCUACAGCUGGGAGCAGACCAUCUUUGAGUAUUUUGACAUUGGGACCAGGUGGCUUUGCAGAAGGUAUUGCAAAAGCCAGGCAUGUACUGAUAGCUGCUGUAUGACAGUUGAGUAAUCGAUGAACCAUUUUGCUACAAGGGACAGUAGUUUAUUAUGUUGCAAACAUAAUCUCUUGUUCAUAUUGGUAGAGGAUGCCAAACUGCAAGUGUUGCCAUCAUCUCCAUCACCAUCAGACUCUUAGGAGUCAAUCCUGGGACAUUAGGACCCAUGAAUUCAAUAUCCUACAAUGCAGUAAGUUUAUCACUUGUUGCUUUUUAUCUUGCAGAGGAACAAUACCAUUGCUCUCCAGCACUCAAAGAGUUAACUGUACCCAAUAGGAAUUGCACUGCAAAUCGAACAUAAAAGGGUAAAAUGUGUGUGUUUGUUUUUUGUAAAGGCCUCUAAUGUCAGGGUCCACAUUUGGCCCUUGGGACUGGCUGCUGAUCGAAUCUGGAUCUCUUCAAGCAGGUCAUUUAAAGGCUGAUCUGGCAAAUGAUAUUAUUGACCUAUUCCGUGCUGAAUUUAAGUUUGUAAGAAAAGGUUGAAAGGCUUAAGCUUAUUUUUGUACAGGGGAAAAAAAAAAAAUAACGAAUUGGGCAUAUAAAUAUUUAUUUUUUCACCUGCACUGCUAUCUGCAUAUUAUUUUUUUUCAUAAAUAUAUAUAUAUUUGUAUAAAGAUCUUUCCAUUAAAAACUACUUUAAAUAAACACCUUUGCAACAUUG